UCGUGUUGAGCAUGUUCACUUACCAGCUCAAUGUCUGUUAUGCAGGUGAAGCAGCCUGGACUUGAGAUGUCAACUGUCCAAAGUGAAUUAGACUUGUCAUACGGGCAACGUUAUCAAGGGGUAACUAUCCCGGAGGCUUAUGAACGUCUAAUUCUUGACACAAUAAGAGGCGAUCAACAACAUUUUGUGCGAAGAGACGAGUUGAAGGCGGCGUGGGAAAUCUUCACCCCUCUUCUGCACAGGAUUGACAAUGGUGAAGUAAAGCCGCUUCCAUACCAACCAGGCAGUCGGGGUUCUGCAGAAGCAGAUGCACUGCUGGAAAAAGUUGGUUACGUACAAACACAUGGCUACAUAUGGAUCCCUCCUACCUUGUAGAAUGCUCGUCUUUCUAACCAGCCCAGGCGUGCCCUUCUGCAGUGUGCCGGAAAACUGUUGUUUUUACAUUGUCAGCUUUUCUAAGCUAUGCAACCAGAAUAAGAGUGCAGUAUGAUAUGUGUCUUCAAAAGACCUAAACGCCGGCGUUUUUACGAGGGUGUGUCGAUAGGGGUCACACGAAAUGGACUUGUUGAAGAGUGUUUUGUUCCUAUUAAAACAUGAACAAAUGUUGGGAGGGGAGAAACUCUAAACUCGAAUGCAGAAUCUCGGAUGCAUAGAUAAAUAAAAGAGUUGAUUGCUGGUCC